GGUUUGCCCAUUUUCAUUCUAUCCUCGAACAACAUCUCUACAAACAGGUGUUGAGUAUUCUUAGAAUGUGGGCACUCAUAAAUCUUGGUUUUCAAUGGACUUCAAUUCUCUUUUGAUGAUUUCUGGCUUCAUUGGUUUAUGGUGUGGAGAAUUCUUUGAAUUGCAUAAAGAGAACAAUCUACAAGCCUGACUCUAUACAACACUUUGUGGCAUGGGCUGGCUUACUAAAAUAUUAAAAGGGUCCAGCUCGAGCUCCAGUCAUAGAGUUACCGAAGGGCACUAUCAUGAGAGAUUUGAAAAUGAUGAAAUUUGGGAGGAGCCUCCUACUACAGUGGAUGCAUCGUCGGACUUUGAUUAUGAAGAAAUCGAUCGAGCCAUUGCACUUUCUCUUGCUGAAGAAGACGAAAGAAGUGUACUUUCAAUUGUAGAAGACGAUAAGAAAAGUGCACGUUCCAGUGUAGAAGAAGCAGAGGAUGAUUUUAUUUCCUCUGCAGAGGCUGAAAAGGAUUUAGUUCCAUCUCCAGAAGAACAUAAUAGAGGAUCGAAUAAAGAAGAUCAUAAAGGAAAAACAGUAAUUGAUGAUGAGUCUUACUUGGAAGAAGAUGAACAGCUUGCCAAGGCUAUUCAAGAAAGCUUAAAGGUGGACUCACCACCACGAAAUAACUUCGGAAGCCUAUUUCCUCGUUUGCCAAAUUUCUUUCAAGGUGUAUACAGGAUAUGCACUGGUUGCAACGGCCAAAUUGGUCAUGGGCGUUUUUUGAGUUGCAUGGGAGGAUAUUGGCAUCCAGAUUGUUUUCGUUGUCAUGCUUGCAACUUACCAAUAUCUGAUUAUGAGUUCUCUAUGUCUGAAAACCGACCGUUCCAUAAAUCAUGCUAUAAAGAACACCAUCACCCAAAAUGCGAUGUUUGCAAGAACUUUAUCCCAACAAAUGUCGGUGGUCUUAUUGAAUAUCGGGCUCAUCCUUUCUGGCUACAAAAGUACUGCCCCGCCCAUGAGCAUGAUAGGACUCCUAGAUGUUGUAGCUGCGAAAGGAUGGAGCCAAGGGACAUGAAAUAUUUUUUGCUAGAUGAUGGUCGAAAGCUUUGUCUGGAGUGUCUUGACUCUGCAAUAAUGGAUACUCAUGAAUGUCAACCCCUAUAUCUUGAAAUUCAAGAAUUUUAUGAAGGAUUAAAUAUGAAAAUUGAGCAACAAGUUCCAUUGCUGUUGGUUGAGAGACAAGCAUUAAAUGAAGCCAUGGAGGGAGAAAAACUUGGUCAUCAUCACAUGUCUGAAACAAGGGGACUUUGCCUUUCAGAAGAGCAGACCAUAAGCACUAUAAUGAGGCGGCCAAGGGUUGGGGCAGGCCGGAUAAUGGAUAUUUUUACGGAGCCUUAUAAGCUAGUUCGUAGAUGUGAAGUGACUGCCAUCCUCAUUUUGCAUAGUCUCCCUAGGUUGCUAACAGGCUCAAUUUUGGCUCAUGAGAUGAUGCAUGCAUGGCUUCGGCUUAAAGGAUACUCUAAUUUGCCUCCUGAUGUUGAAGAAGGAAUCUGCCAAGUUCUUGCUCAUAUGUGGUUAGACUCUGAGAUCAUUGCUGGUUCUAGUGGGACUAGUGUUGCUUCAUCAUCUUCAUCUGCACCAGUACCUGUAUCAUCAAAAAAAGGCAAAAGGUCCGAGUUCGAGAAGCAACUAGGUGAGUUUUUUAAACAUCAGAUAGAGUCUGAUACUUCUGCAGCUUAUGGAGACGGGUUCCGAGAAGGUAACAAGGCUGUGCUCAAGUACGGUCUGAGAAGCACUCUUGACCAUAUUCGACUUACUGGACGAUUUCCUUGCUAAUGGCCUUGAGAAGUAAAGGAGCAAAAGAUCUAAUAAAGAACUGUAUGAAAGCGGCAUUACAGGUUUUCAUUUUGUGCUUUCUACAACUGUCGAUAUAUAGGGAAAGUAAUUAAUUAUGUUAUAGAAAUACAUGUGUCACUCUUUUAUACAAUACCUCAGUUAUGUACUUUUUAUCAAGAGCCUAAAGUUGACUGCUUCAAAUCCUUAAAUAUAAGUAUCAAUCCUAAA